AUGGCUCAGCUGUUGAACUUGCCGGUUAACAAUGGCAAUUCGUUCAUUGUCGUGGACGAGGGGAUAGAUGCGACUUAUGCAGAGAAUUUGACCAUAGCCUGGCUGCAAGCACUGAGAAAGAAGAACAUACAAGAAAAAGUCAGUAUGUUUCUCUUCUCCACCCCAAAGUGUCAGUUGGAAAAGUCUCUAAAAGCUUCAGGUCUGGAAAGUGUUAAUAUAUUGGAUUACUUUAGUGUAGAUUUGCAAAAAGAAGACGACAAGUGUCAACAGAGGAACAUCGAUUUGUACGAAAAUUUAAUGAACAAUGCCCUAGAUUAUGCAGACUCUGUCAUUGUGAUCAAUUGUUUGAGUACCCUCUCUUUGCAAGUUGGACCAUCCAAAGCGUGUAAAUUUGUGGAAAAAUUGAAUCAGACGCACAAAACGACAGUAUUCUGUAUUUACAGGAGAGACUUGGCUCAAAGUAUUCCCAGGAUAGAAACGUUAGGCAAUAUUUAUGCCAAAUUGAGAAAGGCCAAAAAACUUGCUUACGAGUCAAACAUAAAUUAUGAAGUUUCCGUGACUCACAGAAAAGCCGGUGGAAGCAUUGUUCGCUGGAACGAAUUGGUGCAACAGAGUAUGGGUGAUUAUAGUCUCGUAUCCGAGAGAAUUCCUGACGCCGGUGUCAUUUCAAUGCCGGAGGUGCUAAAGCCAAAGGAAACUGCGCCAAAACCUCAAAGUUCCUUUAGAAUAGAGAUGAGCGAGCAAGAAAUGAAACAGAGAGAUAGCGUACCGCUACCGUACAUUUUACCCGGAAACCCUGGGGGAGAAUCAAAAAUUAUUUACGUGCCAGACGAAGCGGACGACUUGGAUGAGGAAGAUCCAGAUGACGAUUUGGAUAUAUGAUCAAGGA